CACAAUGUCAUGUAUAAAAAGAGUAUAAAAAGAGAAAUCAUUAGUGAUAGGUUCAAAAGAGCUUAGCUCAGCAAAGGAACAUCUUGAUCUCAUUAACUAAGGAUUCUUCUGCUUUCCAGAGUGAAAAUGGUGCGAUAUGAAGUGACCGUCUUCACUGCCGACCUGAUCGCUGCCACCACUUUUAACAACAUCUUUAUUAAGCUGGUGGGCACAGAUGGGGAGAGCGACCGCACAUGGCUGGUGGGCUUUAAGGGGGCUGCGUCCUUCUUCAAGGGAGCAGUAUCUUCUUUUUCUGUGUCCUGCCCUAACUCCAUUGGAAAGCUAGUGCUGAUAGAAGUAGACAAACAGCGUCUCCCACUAUUCCCAGAAGAUAGUUGGUUCGCUGCCAAGGUGGAGGUGAAAUCCCCGGAGGGAGACAACUACAAGUUUCCCAUCUACCGCUGGAUCAUUGACAGCGAAAUUCACCGGUUCAGAGAGGCAACAGCUCUGAGAGUCUUUGAAGACAACCAUCAUCUUGGCAGGUACAGUCGGCAGCAGGAGCUGAAGCAGCGAGAGGAAGACUAUCGCUGGGAUGCAUAUGCAGAGGGAAUACCCCACAACAUAAAGGCAGAAGACCCUCUUUCUCUGCCUUGUGAGGUCCGCUUCUCCUUCACCAAGACUGUAGAGUUUUUUUACACUGCAUCGACAGGGCUGGUUGAGCUGAACUUAAAGGGACUGGAUGAUUGCAAGGAGAACUGGACUGACAUUGAUGCUAUUAACCGAGUGUUCUGCUGCAGAAAGACUGACUUAUCAGAGUAUGUCCAGCAACAUUGGAAGGAUGAUGCUUUUUUUGGCUACCAGUUUCUAAAUGGCGUCAACCCCAUCUUGAUCCAACGUUGUACAGCUCUGCCUAACAACUUCCCUGUCGAUCAUAUCCGUAUCAAUAAUCACCUCCGUGGUCCACAUGGCUUGCAAGAUGAAAUGAAGAAAGGCAACAUAUUCCUGUGUGACUACAAGCGUUUGGACGGAGUGAAACCAAACACCAUCAAUGGCAAGAAGCAGUACUUGAUGGCUCCCCUCGUCCUGCUCUACAGAACACCUGAAGAUAGUCUGGUUCCGAUAGCUAUUCAGCUGAAACAGACUCCAGCAGAUGACAAUCCCAUCUUUUAUCCUUCUGACUCUGAGUAUGACUGGUUGACGGCAAAGAUUUUUGUGAGAAGCGCAGAUUUCAAUGAUCAUCAACUCAACACUCACCUGCUGCGCACUCACCUGCUGGCUGAAGUUUUUGCAGUGUCACUCCUGCGCAACGUGCCCAUGGUGCAUCCUCUGUACAAGCUCCUCAUCCCUCACACUCGCUACACUCUGCAGAUCAACUUCUUGGCUCGACUUCUCCUUAUAUCUGAGAACGGAGUUUUCACAAAGUUUGCAUCUUCUGGUGGAGAGGGAAUGAUCACAAUCCUGAAGAAGUCACUGUCCUCAGUGACCUACAGCUCCCUCUGUAUACCAGACGACAUUGCUGAGCGUGGGAUGGAGGCUGUGCCCAACUUCUACUACAGGGAUGAUGGACUCAGGCUGUGGGAUAUCAUCCAUAGGUUUGUGCAGGGAAUUCUCAGCUACUACUACAAGAAAGAUCAUGAGGUCCAGCAAGACUCUGAACUGCAGACGUGGAUUCGGGACAUUUUUGAACAUGGAUUCCUUUCCCAAGCAGGCACAGGAGUCCCUCAACGUUUCUCCACUGUGGAUGAGUUGGUCAGGUUUGUCACCAUGGUGAUUUUCACCUGCUCAGGCCAGCACUCAGCUGUCAACUCUGGACAGUUUGACUACGGUGGCUGGAUGCCCAACACUCCCAUCACCCUGCAACGUCCUCCACCAACCACAAAAGGGACAACAAGUGAGGCCACGAUGCUGCAGACAUUACCCAAGGUCGAUGCAACAGUUCAGGGAAUGGCAACAAUGUGGCUGCUCAGCAAGCGGUCCUCUGACUUUGUCCAUCUUGGUCACUUCCCAGAGGAACAUUUCAGAGAGGAGAUUCCCCGCAGGCUGAUAAAGGAUUUUCAAAAAGAGCUUGAAGUUCUAAGUACAGACAUCAAAACCAGAAACAAGAAUCUUGAUGUCCCAUACACAUACAUGGAUCCAAAGGAGGUAGAGAAUAGUGUGGCCAUUUAAUAUCAGGCAGUUUGACCUCCUCAGCUGUUGAUGAAAUUCAGUUUCACAUUAACAAACGGUGAGGGAGGGAAGAACAUCAUGCUCUGUUUUGUGCUGGUGUUAAAAUGGGAAGAAACUACCCUAUGUGAUAAUCAUAUGCAGAUUUGUGAUUUUUUACAGCCUAAAUGAUUUAAGUGUGGUGAAAAAUUACCAUUUUAAAUCAUAAUCCACAUGUUAAAUCCUCUUAGUUUUCCACUGAAUAUACAUUGCAGCUUAUUAUAAGUUGUAUAAAUGUAAAAGACAAGAUGUAAAGCUGCCAGAUUGAUGCGUUUCUUACAAAGACAUGUAUCUCAUGCAAAGUGUGAAAAAAGUUGAUUUUAUUCUUUCUCGUCUCAACACAAGAAUGAAUGAAUCAGUUCUUCUUCUCUGAGUAUGUGUAGUUGUAGUUUUGCACUGCUGUGACCAAUACAGCUUGAUCUGUACGUGAGUCUGUCUGUUCUGCGCCUGCUGUUGUAGAGAACUGUUUUAAACCUGAACGUUUGUGUGUUUAUCAAUAAAAAUGAUUUCACAACCAA